CCCUCGUCUCCCCCACCAUCGCCAUUUGCCGCCGCUGUGUCGAAUACGAUUGCCGACUAACUUCUGACGCUGACGUUUAAACAACGCCCCUGAUAAACAUUGCGAAAGCGACUCAUGACCACAGUCUCGAGAAGCACUACUUUGCUUCGUGGUUUUCCAUUCCUUGGGGGGCCUACACUUAUUUCACUCUCCAUUACACUCAUCAAGGACUUACUUACACCAUCCUCAUCUUAAAACUCUCUGUCAACCAAAAAAAAAAAAAAAAAAAAAAACUUAUCAGUCCACUCAAACAAGAUAAUCGAUAACUUACCUUGUCUACCAACGACGCCAGCCGCCAUUUUCAUAUUGCCUCCUGUUAGAUCUCAACCUUUGUCCACUGAGGUGUCCAGUCUACGUGACUCAACACUUUCUGCCUUGUCAGUUUACACGCGAACCAUUAUUUCUCGAGCCUCAUUCCGCGCGGGUGUUGUACAACCUCCAUCCAACAGGGGAUUUUGACGGGCGGCCAUCUCAAUAACAAGGGGUCUUACACAUAUCCCCUGGUAACCCGCCGCCCCUCUCACUGCACUGCAACCAACCGCUUCCACUUCCAGGUAGUUAGUUGUUAAAAAGGUAUGUAGAUUAGCUAUUUGUCUUCUUUUGCUCUAUACUUGUCUACCAACAUCAUCACCUUUACCUUACCUUGGGCUACCAGCCUAUGUACAUGCAUAUGGUCGUCUUGUACUCCACCAUCACGUCAAUCAUAUCACACAUCGUCAUUCCCAGCCCCAGUCCGCGACGGGGGCUCGAGCUUGCUGAUUCGUGAGCUAAACCUCUUCUUCUUACUCCCCCUGUUCAUUUUGCGCACGGUUCUUAUUAGCAUCCAAUAAGUGUGAGCAGGUCCGUCUUGUUCAUUGGAUUUGUCUGAUAUAAUAAGAACGCGACGUUGCUCCAGUUUGAUCGCUUUGUUUCUCCUUGGACACCAUAUUACAUUCAUCAUACUACUUACUACUUUACCUGCUAUUCUUGGAUACCUUAGACACAUACUUUUAAACUGACCAACCAACCACAAGCACAGCAAUUUGCACAAAGAAACAACUCGACAAAUAAAGCCUGAUAUUAAGUUUUUACCUGUUUAUCCUCGAUAUCCACAACUUGGCUGCAUUGUCUUUGGUCAAACAAAGUAGCCUCUUCUACAAAGGUUCAGAGGCGCCGUACCAAACUUAUUCUGACGCCCUUUUAUUCUUGAUAUUGGCUACCCUGCUACCUUAUUACCUACCUAUUCUCGAAGCACCCCCGCUAUUGCAUUCGAUUGUACUCCGUACUGCCAAGCAUCUACGUUAUCCACAACACUAUCAAAGACGACCGGCUCUGGUUUGCAUUGCAACGGGUCUCUAUUCGUUCGCUGCUGGACAAAAACAAUAUUAUCCCGGCCGCUUCGGCAUGCAAGCCCCACCAUAAUCCUAAUCAUUCCGCUACAAACACCGCGGACCAGAAAAAAAUAUUUAUUAUGUCGACUGACGACAGCUAUGCCCCAAAGUCUCCGGACCUCUCUUCUUUUUAUUCAAGUGGCCCCACUCAGGAAGAGCUCCAUCAUCCACAGCCUGACAGUCACUUUAGCCCCGGAUACGAAUAUAAAGCAGAGUCCCCAACCUACACCAGAUCUACUUCUUUUUCUUCUUAUGUUCCACCAUCCUUAAAUUUUAACAACAACGGUGGUACAUAUGAUUCUAAGUACCGGCCGCAAGUCGACUACCAUCAAGCAUCUUCACAACUAAGAUCUACAAGACCGGAAUAUCAAUCUUACCGGUCGCGACAUUCUUCAAUCCAAGACCCCUACGUCCAUUCUUCGCCAGACAAACGCCCGUCUUCUGGUAACGGAUUCGAGGAUACCUUUGCCUCUCCGCACGUACAGUCACUACAUCACACUCCGGCGCGACCUGCGCCGUACGGCCAAGCCUAUCCAGAGCAAAGCCUGCUUUCCAACGCUACUGCGCACGACACAUCCUACGCACCACUAGUGGGAGCUGGCACAAUAGAGCGCGCUUCGACAUUUGGUGCUAUACCUUUUGAUACAGAUAUGCCUCCGCGCAAAGCAGCGCCGCCUGCGGCCCCCGCUAUUGAUCCAUCCCCCGUUCGAACCAAGUUUCCAACUGCCAGGAUCAAACGAAUCAUGCAGGCUGAUGAGGAAGUUGGAAAGGUUGCUCAGCAGACCCCGAUCGCUGUGGGCAAGGCUCUUGAGCUUUUUAUGAUCCAACUCGUAACGAAAAGCGCCGACGUGGCCAAGGAGAAGGGCUCCAAGAGAGUCACGGCACCAAUGCUCAAGCAUGUAGUCGAGGCCGAUGAGCAGUGGGAUUUCCUUCGUGACAUUGUCAGUCGCGUCGAGAACGAGAAGGAGGGUAGUAGAUCAAAGGCCAAGCAGGAGAGCUCGAGUGAUGAGGAGAUUGAAGAGCCCAAGAAGAGAACACGCGGCGGCAGAAGAAAGAAGGUACAGUGAUCUUCUUUCAAGGCAGAGUAUUAUAUGUUGUCUUUGCAAGGUUUGGGAUGCGUCAUGAGGGAUAAUGAUCAAAUGGCAGGCGUUUAGGGGGACUCGCAUCGAGCCGGAGUUUGGCGCAUUGAAGACAAUUCAUCGCAUGGACUUUUGGCAUACUGGGUAUUUUAAACGCUUACGCGCACUGGCGCGCUUGCGGACUGGUGCAAUAUCAAAUGCUGGUGCUGCAAAGCAUCGCGGCGAGUACGUUAGCAUGAUUACAGCAAUUUAAGCAAAGGGACGGCGGCCAAGGCUAUUGUCACCUUGUCACUUACUGGCUCUUAAAUCAUGAAUUCCUCAAGUUUUAACUCUUGCUUCUUGAUUCUAUAGGUUUGUCAGCCCUAUUGGCGAUCUAACCCUUGUGUUCCCGACAUAUCUAAGCUGCAAUCAGGGGUAAAGCGUGGCACGUUGUGCUUCGGCGUCUUAUCUCUAGGAUUUUGUUUCCUUACCGGCAUUCUUCGUUUUGGCAUUAGUUACACCUGUGUCACCUGGUUUUCGAUAUAAAGGAAGAGUCCAUCUUAAAUUAUAAACAGACACAAUUAUCAACACAACAGAAC